AUAGAAACCUCGAGCAGAACCCGGACUCUAGGUGGGCGGUCAUCUGCUGCGGCCAAUCACAACGGACUUCAAUUCAACUUUGGCACAAAUGCAGCCAAUCAGACUCAGGAGGGGGAGGGGGGGGGCUGUUGUGUGAUUGUUGCUCUCAGGUGAUAGAAAUGACUGACAAGGCAGAGAGUGACCUCGGCUCCCUGAGACGGAUGGAGAUCAGGAAGUGGAGAGUUGACCCCGCAGCCUACAGCCCCCCACCACAGCUGAGGUUCAUGAAGCCCUUUUGGCCUCCGAUCCUGAAGAGAGGAGGAAAAGGACAGAAAGACACGUCCAGGCGGUCUGGGAAGGAGGCCUGUAGGACCCCAAAGGCGACUCAGCACCCAGAUGCAGGGACCUCCAGGGACCUGAGUCCACCUUCUAGCAGCUGGCAAAUCCUGGAGGAGUCCAUGAGGGCGAAGGUGCCAAGGACCACUAAGUGGAGGCGGCAGGUCCGGCAGGAGGCUGUCGACGCCGGGGUCAUCACACCCCGCAAACAGAGGACCUGCAGCCUCUGCAAACAGAGGAAGGUCAGAGAGACGGGACACAGCAUCCAUAAGAAGACCAGGAAGACCUUCUGCCAAAACACCGACCCCUCAGGCAGGACAGUGGAGGAGUGGCUGAGAGAGAUCCGGGGGGGGGUCUCCACCCAGGACUUGUACCAGGCCAACCUGAAGAGAUGGGGCUCAUACAAGUAUCGGCCAGAUGUGAGGACCCGGUACAACAGGAAGAGGAGGGAGAAGAGAGCAGAGGAGAGGAAGAGGAUGGAGCAGGAGGAGGAGAAGGAGUAGAGAGAGGAGAGAGAUGGAGGAUCACUGAACUGCUCAGACAGAUUUGUAUAUAGUCUGUAUAUAUUUUAUAAUAUUUCGCUGUAUGACUGUUCAUGCAUCACUCUUAUUCUUCAACCACUGUGCUGUAAACUGGCUGCAGAGCUGCUCGCCUUCAUGUGCACUAACACAACACUGUUAUUUUAAAUGUUGUGUGUUUGUUAAUAUUUAUCCUGAAACACAGAGCAAAAUCAUUUUGUACUU